UGCGAACAACCCAAUAAGCCCCGCCCAAAGCGGAUUGUUUGGAAUGGUCAGAUGGACCGAUGGAGACACAGGAUGGCGAUCCGGACCGCUGAAAGCCUGGACAUGUGAGCCAAUAUAAUUUUCAGCAAAAUUCACUUUUGGUAGAGUGCGCUGUGGCUGUAUAAGGGGCAGCAGUCAUGCCGCUGGUGAAGAGGAACAUUGAGCCCAGGCACCUGUGCCGCGGGGUGCUACCGGAGGGUAUCGGGAGUGAGCUGGAGUGUGUGAUGAACAACACACUCUCUGCCAUCAUACGCCAACUCAGCAGUCUCAGUAAACAUGCUGAAGACAUAUUCGGAGAGCUCUUCAACGAGGCAAAUAUGUUCUAUUUGCGGGUGAACUCUCUGCAGGAUCGGAUUGAUCGACUUGCGGUCAAGGUCACCCAGCUGGACUCAACCGUCGAGGAGGUCUCUCUUCAGGACAUAAACAUGAGGAAGGCUUUUAAAAGCUCCAGGGUACAGGACCAGCAGGAGCUGUCCAAGAGCAGCAUACCAAACCCUGUGAUGGAGAUGUACAAUUUGAGUGAUAAACCACCUCCUCUUAAUAAUCUCUCACGCUACAGAGAUGACGGUAAAGAAGGACUGAAGUUCUACACUGACCCCUCAUACUUCUUUGACCUGUGGAAGGAGAAGAUGCUACAGGACACAGAAGACAAGAGGAAAGAGAAGAGAAGACAGAAGGAGCAGAGGCGAUGUGUGGACGGCACACUGCAGAGAGAGGUGAAGAAGGUGCGUAAAGCAAGAAACCGCAGGCAGGAAUGGAACAUGAUGGCCUUCGAUAAAGAACUGAGACCUGACCAUCGACAUUCCCACACUGUGCACAGAGGAGGCUCUACGGAGGGCACCAUGUCCCCGGAGCACAGGUUUCAUGGAGAUCAUGCAGAUCAUGGUUAUCUCUCUAUGGCCAACCAUGCUGGUCAUGCCCACACUUACUCAGGGCCUCCACCCAGUAUGGCGGCCCUGUCAGCUCAUAGUCACAUGACCAUGGACCAGGAUUACCGAGGAGGGUCUAUGGCGUACCGUUCUGGCACACUGGGUCGUCCGCACCAGGCUCCGCCCCCUCCACCAGCAUCAAACAGCAUUAAUGGUUCGGUGACCCUCCCACCUGUCGACUACAGUGUGGAUUACAUGAAUUCAGGAGCGCCGCCUCCACCACCAGCUGUUAUCCCAUCAGCACAAACUGCUUUUGCUAUGCCGCCCAUGGGCCCGGUCCCACCUCCAGGUCAUCUAGGACCAAUGGGAGCAGUUGCUGGCUAUGCCCCACCCAUUCCACCUACCUCUGGACCAAUGGCUGUCCCUCCUCCACCAGUAGCCCCACCCCCUCCCCCCGGUGCAGCUCAAUCCAUCACUCCCAAACGACCCCCUGUGCCUAAUGAGGCCCAGCCCACAAAUGAUGCCCGCAGCGACCUGCUUUCAGCUAUAAGAAUGGGUAUCCAGCUGAAAAAAGUUCAAGAGCAGCAGGAGCAGCAGGCGAAACGUGAGCCGGUGGGCAAUGACGUCGCAACUAUCUUGUCUCGCCGCAUCGCUGUGGAAUACAGUGACUCUGAGGACGAAUCUGAGCUUGAGGACAAUGACUGGUCUGACUAAAACAAUACUAAUGCACAAAAUACACAGACACUCACUGUCUUAUUCACCUGCGGAUGUAAGCAUUGCAUUUCCCAUACACACAAUCAUCUUGUACAGUGUGCAAUUUAGGCGUGAUAUGCCUAAAUUGUUUUCCCUCAGUUUCCCUCAAUUUUUCUAAUGCAUUUUAAAGCAACACUUGUUAAUAAAUUACCGUAUUUUUCGGACUAUAAGUCACACCUGAGUAUAAGUCACAUCAGCCCAAAAAAUACAUCAUGACAAGGAAAAAAACAUAUAUAAGUCACACUGGACUAUAAGUCGCAUUUAUUUAGAACCAAGCACCAAGAGAAAACAUUACCGUCUGCAGCCGCGAGAGGGCGCUCUAUGCUGCUCAGUGUAGACUACAGGAGCAUUGAGCAGCAUAGAGCGCCCUCUCGUGGCUGCAGACGGUAAUGUUUUCUCUUGGUUCAUGUCUCUUAGUUCACUUCUCUUGGUUCAUGUCAAAUUAAUUUUGAUAAAUAAGUCGCACCUGACUAUAAGUCACAGGACCAGCCAAACUAUGAAAAAAAAUGCGACUUAUAGUCCGGAAAAUCCGUUAUAUGGACAUACUGUAUGUAGUGAAUAGCAACUCAAACUACAGAUAAACAAGCAUGUUGAGGUCAGAAGUUUCUGCAUGAAUGUUUCUAUGUAUGUUGAGAAACAUUGGGGUCAGUGAUUAUACUUGUGUGAACUGACCUGAGGGAUUUGAUUAAACUACCUGAAAUGUG